AUGAGCAAAAGCAACACUCCAACGCUCUCAAGAGCUGGCUCUCGUUCCUCUCUUUGGAGAUCUUGGAGCCCCAUGCUCGAGGACUUGGUCAACUAUGAGAAGUCGCGUGAGAAUUAUCCUUGGCUGAUACGUGAUCAUGACCGUGACAUAAGCUAUGACCCGAACCGUUCGAGUCGUCCAAGGCCACUGGCGUCCCUUGCGGAAGACCCGGAUGUUGCGAGCCAGUCAGACCGAUCUGCCAAGUCGUCUGAAGAUUUAGAGCGCCAUCCAAUCCCAGAACCCCUUCUUUUGCCUCAAGACGAGGACCCAGACCUGGUGACCUGGGAUGGUCCCCAUGAUCCCUCUAAUCCACACAACUGGACCAAGCGCAAGAAAUGGCUCUCGACCAUUCUUGUCUCAUGUUUCACAUUCAUCUCUCCAGUUUCCUCAACCAUGCUGGCGCCAGCCUUGCCAGAUCUGGCAAAGGAGUUCAAGAUCUCAUCUGACUUUGAGACAUAUCUUCUCAUGUCCAUCUUUCUUUUGGCUUAUGCCAUUGGCCCAUUCUUACUCGCUCCCCUGUCAGAGAUGUUUGGGAGAGUUGUUGUUCUUCAGUCUGCUAACAUGUUCUAUCUGAUCUUCAACACUGUGUGCGGGUUCUCGAAAACCAAGGAGCAGAUGCUUGUCUUUCGCUUCUUGAGCGGUCUUGGCGGGAGUGCACCUCAGGCGCUUGGAGGCGGCGUGCUGAGCGACUGUUGGAGGAAAGAGGAGCGCGGAACUGCAACCGCCAUCUACAGCCUUGCACCAUUUUUGGGACCUGCUGUUGGGCCCAUAGCCGCUGGCUACCUGACCCAACACUUGAACUGGCGCUGGAUUUUCUGGGUAGUCUCCAUAGCCGACGCUGUGGUUCAAAUUCUUGCGUUCCUGUUCUUGCAAGAGACUUAUCCACCUAAGAUUCUCAAGGUCAAGGCCAGAAAGCUUCGCAAGGUCACUGGUAACAGACUUCUCCAUACCGAAUUUGAGCAGAGAGAUCGCUCCUUCGUUUCUCUACUUUUAACCAACCUGAAGAGACCAUUCAAGAUGCUGUUUACCCAGCCAGCCAUUCAGAUCACAGCUCUGUAUAGGGCGUAUUUAUAUGGUCUUAUGUAUCUAGUUUUUGCUUCCUUCCCCAUGGUCUGGGAACAGCAAUACAACCAAGAGCCUGGCCGUGCCAGUCUGAACUACGUCUCUCUUGGUAUUGGAUUUGUCAUUGGGCUUCAGGUGUCCGGUCCCCUGAUUGACAAGGUCUACACAAUGCUCAAGACUCGGUAUAACCACCCUGGACGGCCGGAAUUUCGCGUACCCCUGAUGUUCCCAACAGCGCUUGUCACACCAGCGGGUCUCGUUCUAUACGGUGUCUCGGCACACCUGAAACUCCACUGGAUCAUCCCAAAUGUCGGGACAGCGAUCUUUUCUGCAGGGCUCAUUCUGUCGUUCCAAUGUGCUCAAACGUACAUCAUUGACUCUUAUGAGCGAUAUGCCGCCAGUGCGACUGGGGCAGCUGCUUUUGUCCGUACUAUGGCUGGCUUUAGCUUUCCUUUGUUUGCGCCUGCUAUGUAUCAACGUCUUGGGAUUGCGUGGGGAAAUGGCCUGCUCGCGGGUACAGCCAUGUUGAUCUGUCUUGUGGCGCCAAUGGUGCUUUGGCGAUAUGGAGAGUGGAUUCGAAGAAAAAGUCCAUACUGCGCAGGAUAG